AUGUCCAAGGCUACUCCGAAUAAAACACCAGCUACUGUUGGUUCCCGUAGCAACUCAAAGAAGAAUACCCCAGUAAAUACUCCAACCAAGACCAAGAAGAAGUCAGCUAGCAAUACUCCUAACUCUGUUAAAGGUAAGAACGCCAAAAAAGCUACUUCCAAAAACAAUACUCCUAUUAAAGUUAAAGAGGUCAAAGAGGUUAAAAGUGAUUCUGUUGUACCAAAAGAAAGGAUUGAGAAAGCAAUUGAGGAGUUGGGGAAAUUCAUUAAGAAACAGUCUGCUUCAGGUGAAAAGUCUCAAUUGUUAAAUGAAGACGAUGAUUUAAAUAAUCUGUUACAACUGAUUGUAGUUAAUAAUGAUUCAUUCACUGGCUCUAAAAAAGUUUUCAAAUUGAAGUUAAUUGAUAUAAAAAAUUCUUUCUAUAAAAUAUGGAAGGCGGCAAGUGCCACUGAAGUCAAAGAUUUCAAAACUUUAUUAAUCUUAAAAGAUUCAGACGUCUCUAAAGUCACUGAAGAUGAAUUAUACGACGGUUUAAGUAAAUCUGAUAUAACCGUCGAUAAAGUUAUCUGUGGUAAGGACUUGAAAACUGUUUAUAAAGCUUUUGAAGCAAGAAGAGCAUUGCUUAGCGAAUACCAAUUGAUCUUGGCAGAUGACAGCAUCAUAACUACUUUACCAAAAUUGUUGGGUGCUAAAGCUUAUAAUAAAGUUGAAACUACGCCAAUCUCUAUAAGGACUUCAUGUGGUAAAGGCUUCAGUAAAGAAACUUUAAUUAACAGUAUUAAGAAAGUUUAUUUGAAUAAAUUACCAGUAAAUUUACCAAGAAGUAACACCGCAAACAUCCAUUUAGGUAACUAUAAUUGGUAUGAAGAUAAUGAAAAAGAUUUAAUCGAAAACAUUGAAUCAGUUAUUACUCAAAUGAUCGAUGCUUUCAAGAUUAGGUCUGUCUUCAUUAAAUCUAAUUCCUCUCCAGCUUUACCGUUAUACUUCAACGUCGACGUCAUUACAGAAAUUCAAAAGAAGGUAAAGGAUGUUAACAGGGAAGAAAUGGUGGCUGUAACGAUUGAUGGUGUUGAAUUGAAGUUAUCAGCAUUUGACCAAGCUUUGAUGCAAGUAUCUAAUCCAACUGAACACAGCAAUAUCUUUGCUAAGAAUAUUCAAGCUGUAAAGAGAAAAGCUGAAUCUAAGGCUGAAUCUAAGGCUGAAUCUAAAGAUGUUAAAAAAUCUAAGAAAUAA